AUGGCGGAUCUGCCUUCGGAGAGGAACAUGGCACAGAACGAUGAUCUAGAUCCUGCGCCGCGACAACCAUAUUGCAAACCGGGAUCAAAUGGACUCUUCGCCUCCUACUACGUCGCUCUAUGCGCCAUAUUCGCCGCUCUAGGUGGCCUACUGUUUGGCUACGAUCAAGGUGUCGUCUCCGUCAUCCUCGUCGAGCAACAAUUCUUGCAGCGCUUUCCUGGCAUCGUGGAUGGCGCUGCGAGCGCAGGCUUUCGAAAGGGCCUGCUCACGGCUAUGAUCGAGCUAGGGGCUUUGUUUGGUGCUUUCAACCAAGGCUGGAUUGCAGACAAAUUCUCGAGGAAGUACUCGAUUGUGCUCGCUGUCGUGAUCUUCACUAUUGGUUCGGCACUACAGACGUCGUCGAUCAAUUACGGUAUGCUAGUCACUGCACGGCUCAUAGGUGGCCUGGGCAUUGGUAUGCUGUCCAUGGUUGCUCCACUAUACAUCAGCGAGAUCAGUCCUCCUGAGAUCCGAGGCACCCUGCUGGUUCUGGAAGAGCUCAGCAUCGUCACUGGGAUCGUGAUAGCCUUCUGGAUCACAUAUGGCACGCAGCACAUACCAUCGGAGCUCGCUUGGAGGCUACCUUUCGCUCUCCAAAUCGUUCCAGGCUUGAUACUAGGUAUCGGCAUUAUCUUCCUGCCAUUCAGUCCACGCUGGCUAGCGUCAAAGGGCCGAGAUCAAGAAGCACUACACAAUCUGGCCAAACUCCGACAACUUCCUACGUCUGACAGUAGAGUGCAAUUAGAGAAUCAAGAUAUCCGAGCAGAAGUGGCCUUGCAUCAGGAGAUCAGCGCAGAACGACAUCCUCACCUACAAGACGGAAGCACAAGCAGUAAGCUCCGACUUGAACUCGCCUCGUGGGCCGAUCUUUUCAAGCCUGGCUGCUGGCGUAGAACGCACGUGGGCGUAGGCAUCAUGUUCUUUCAGCAGUUCGUCGGCAUCAACGCCCUGAUCUACUACAGCCCUACACUCUUCGCCACCAUGGGACUGAAUCAUAGCAUGCAACUCAUCAUGUCCGGUGUCCUCAACAUAACUCAACUUAUCGGCGUCACGACCUCGAUUUGGACCAUGGAUCGUUUCGGUCGCCGACCGCUACUGACGUUCGGCAGCCUGGUGAUGUUCCUCUCUCACGUAGUAAUUGCUGGACUGGUUGCAAGAUACAGCGACGACUGGCCAGCUCAUCGCGCACAAGGCUGGGCGAGCGUGGCAUUCUUGUUCUUGUAUAUGGCUGCGUUUGGGGCCUCGUGGGGUCCCGUACCUUGGGCUAUGCCUUCUGAGAUCUUUCCGAGCUCGCUGAGAGCGAAGGGUGUGGCGCUGUCGACUUGUUCGAAUUGGCUGAAUAAUUUCAUCAUUGGACUUGUCACGCCGCCGCUGGUCGAGAAGACAGGUUAUGGUGCAUACGUCUUUUUUGCAGUCUUCUGUCUUUUCAGCUUGAUCUGGACAUGGUCAUUCGUGCCGGAAACUCGUGGCAAGAGUCUUGAACAGAUGGAUCACGUGUUUGGAGAUGCCAGUUCUCAGAGCGAAAGAGGGAAGCGCGAGAGCAUUGAAAGGCAUCUUAUCCGGCGUAGAAGAAGUGCUGAAAGUCUGUAG